AUGGCUUCUACACUAAUGAAGAGCUUUCUCUCUUCUAUUGUGCUAUUCUUGUACUUAGUUCAUAUGAUUGAAGCCGUUAGCUUCCUCCGAAAAACCGAUGUUCAUAUUUAUAACGAUCUCCCAAAAAAUUCCAAGUCCUUAUUGCUACAUUGCGCGUCUAAAAACGACGAUCUCGGAAACCACACACUUUAUCCUGGUCAGGAGUUCAGUUGGUCUUUCCGUACUAAUAUUGCCUCGACUACGCUUUUCUUUUGUCAUUUUUUGUGGGGAUCGAAGCAAAGUGCGUUUGAUGUGUUCGAUUCUAAUUGGUAUUUCACCUAUGACAUAAAUAAUUAUAUGGUGAAGGAAGAUGGAUUUUAUUUUAGCAAUGAUGGCGAUGAUCACGAGAAAGGUGUGAGAAAACGUAGCUCUUGGUAA